GUCGACAACGGUGACAAGAAUAGCUGUGAAUAGUUUUUACUGAUUCCAAUAUGUCAACCUCCAUGUGUCAUGCGUCAGACACUUAAACGUGAAGGAAUACGCGACAACUUAAGAUUUAAAUCAGAUUUAACUGAGAUGACAACAUUUAGCGAGAAUGGGGAAAGCAAAAAAGAAGUAUUCGGCCCCUAGACCUCAACCAACGGGGCUUCCAAGCGUUGCACAAUGUGAAUCGGAACUCGAAAUGGAAGGGAAUCCGGACAGUUCCUCGUCAACUUUGCAAACACUGAUUGAAAAGCUUCAGUCUCCAAAUGAAGAAAAUCGAGAGUCUGCUUGCACCACAAUUGCAAACUUCGUGUCCAACCCUGAAGCGUCUAAGGGACUUCUGAAGCUCAAUGUUGUGAGGAUACUUGGGCCUUUGGUUCUUGAUCCCAGUUGGGAGAUUAGACAUCGGUCCUUGGGGGCACUUAGAAAUCUCAGUGUAGAUGGUGGGGAGGAAGUGUGUGCAGAGAUGAUAAGGAAGGACAUUCUUACUCCAGUUUUGGCCCUUAUUAAACAGAUUCCCAAUUCAGAUGUUUUUGGCAGCAAGUUCUCAGAACGAUUCAAACAGUCCAUUUUUGAGGCGUACACCCAUGCAUUCUACCUGCUCCUGUAUUUGUGUGAAAGCAGCAGCAUAGCAGUAUCACAGUUCAACAGAGAAGCUCUUCAAUCAACCAUGUGCCUUCUGCUGAACUCUGAUGAGGUGCCUACAGAUCUGAAGAUAGCUGUGUGUGAAUUCCUACACAUGGUUUCAGAAGACAACACAGAAGUAUCAACCCUGGAGUUGGUGACAUGUAUUCAGAGACUGGUGUCCCUGCCUUUGAUCAGUCCAGAAUACAUGGUGAUGGUGAUGCUCGCAGCAGGAGUAUUAGUUAACCUGGAAGAUUCUAAUUUAACCACUGGUGGGACGGACCAGUUAAUUGCCAUGGUAACACGGGUGUCAGAGGUUCUAGAGGUCAACGCAGAGGUCAUGAUGGCCAAGCAUGGUGCUAACGGGGCGCUUGCAGGGCAUCCACAGGGUGAUGAUUCAAAUACCCAGAACACAACAGAGGAAGAGGAAGGCCUUUCUAAGAAAUUUUCAGACACAGAGACUGUUCUGAAAGCACAGAAGAUUGCACUCGAGAUCGUAGCUAACCUGUGUUGUUCAGAUGAUGAUGGUUGGGAGGAUAUGAACAGCAGCGAGGGAAGCAGUGAUGAUGCAAUGGAGGUUGCAAUGGAAGGGGAGGCAACUUUACCUGCUGAUGAUAUGUCACAAGGGUCAAGUUUGUCCAAAGAAAUCUUUGCAAUAUUCUCCAAAUUCGACAUAGUGUCAAAGGUUUUAAUAAAAGCUCAAGCUGUGUCCUUGGAAAAACCCAAACUGGAGGAAUCCCAGGAACAAUAUCAACGAAUUGUGAACAGGUUUCAGGAGACUCAGACUCAUGCCCUGCUGUGCCUGAACAAUCUUGUAGGCAGCUUAGACAUAGAGGCCCUGGGAGGGGGCGACCGGCUGUACACAGUUUGGCAGGGCCUUACGCAAAUGUCUGCUACCACAAGCUGUAUAGAGCACCAGGGUAUUUUAGAAGCAGUCACUAGUGCAAUGAGAGCUGUCAUAGAAAAACUGGCAAAUGUUCAAACUGAAAAGUUUGAAUCCGUCACUCCAUCAGAGCUACAGUUUGUGUACGAGAUGUCUACGAAAUGUCAGUGGUCUGAGGUCAGAGUCAACUCUCUGAGGAUAAUCUCCACCAUAGGGAUCAUCCUAGCAAAGCAGGUUUCACCAAAUCCUUUGCUUAAGGAGAUCGGUAUGUCCCUCCUCGAGAUCGUCUCCAAGGAUACGGACCUCUGGGUCGUAGGCGAGGCUCUGGACGCCAUCUUUGACGUGUUCUCGGAGGAUCACGUGGACUCGGUCGUCAAAGAGAUUGGGCUUGUGGAGAAAUUAAAGGUCGUUGCUCCGGUUUUGAAGCAAAAGAUGCAGGAUAACAAACAGUUGCUAGGUGACCACUACCCAGUGCUUACAAUGGCUAGAAGCAACCUUAUCCGAUUUAUAAAAUACAAGUCAGCACGAUGAGUUUUACCUGUCCUAACUAACAGCUCUAAGCCGGUUCUAAUAGGCCAAAUUAAAUCUUCUUAGCCGGCUCCUCCUAGUCUUUACUUAUCUCCCAAAGCCGGUUCAUUCAAUAAUAAGUUGGAAUUACGUGCUGUGAAGCUGUGUUUGCAGUGUUGAGACUUAUUAAAUGUUUUUACAGCAGCAAGAAUAAUGUCAAAGCAAUAACAUUAAUCUGCGGAUUAUCAGGAGCAUUUGUUCACAUCUGUCAAAAAUAGUAUUUUAGCCCACCUUAGCAUAAGCUCAUUGUAAGCUACUGUGAUAAGUGGCCGCAGUCGUCGUUUUUCGUGUUUCGUUUAGUCGAUUGUUUGCAUCAAUUAGUAUUAAACGACAUCUCAUCCUAAACCACUCAGCGGAUUUUCACGAGCCUUCAAAGGACUGAUUUGUGGGUGACUUACAAUUUGUUAAAAUCGAUUAAGUCCUUAGCAUGUAUAUAAGUCCCAAGAUCGAAAAAAAUGACUUUAAAGUGGAAUCUCUUUAAAGUGGAAACUACAAGGAGAGGUUAAGCAUAUGUUGUGUAAUAUUUGAAAUGUUUCAUAAUAUAGUGCACCUCUUUGACAAGUUUUCAAGUCAUACUCCUGGGGGUCAAAAUAGGAUUUAGGGUAUUAUUGUAAGCAUCGACAGUUUUACUAUGUCAUCCUUCAUAUUAACAUUAUUUUCAUUGUGAUCAUUUUUAAUGUCACGUUCAUCGUCACCAUGGUCAUCAUUCUAUUAGAGGAAACGCUGCAAAAUUUGCCGUUUCAGCUUUUUUAGUUGGUUUUCUUCUUAUCACAUUUAAAGCUUCCAGAUAAGUUGGUUGACAUUAAGUGGAAAUCAAGAUCGAUAACCGGCCAAAACAUGACGUCCUUUUUUAACGACGGGAUUGUUUUUAUGUGCAUUUGUGUUACUAAUGCGCUUUUGUUUAACUUAACAAUUGAGGUUAGCCAUGAUUUGUUUUGUUAACUUGAGAACGAUUUUAGACUAGAUAAUCAUAACAAUACUUAGAUUGAGAUGGUCACAAAUGCGAUCUUUCGAAAUAAAAUGUAUGUUUGUGUUUACUUCAAAUUUUCUUGUUUGUAUUUUUAAGGCUAAUUGCAUAUAGGUAUAUAUACAUUUUAAGUGUCUUUUGUUUGUUUGACAGUUUGCUUAUUAAACCCCAUUACAAUUGGUAAUGGGGGCUAUAUAGCAGUCACUUUGUCGGUUGGUCUGUUGGUCUGUCUGUCCCGAAAAUUACAUCCGAUCUUCACCAAACUUGGUCAGAAGUUGUAUCUAUAUUAUGUUUAGGUCAAGUUUGAAUAUGGGUCAUGACGGGUCAAAAACAAGGUCACGGGGUCACUUAACGCGUUUUAAACUGAAAGUUUGUCCAUAUCUAUGUCAUUUAUCGGUAAUUUUAAAAUGAAAUAAACUACGUCGAUAUCUCCAAGUUCAAGGCCACACUUGGAGUUCAAAGAUCAUGAGCUUGUCCGGGCCAUAACUUUGUCAUUUUAUUGUGAGACUUUAAAAUCAUUUGGCACAUUUGUUCACCAUCAUUGGACGGUAUGUCAUGCGAAAGAAUUACGUCGAUAUCUCCAAGGUCAAGGUCACACUUUGAGCUCAAACUUCAAAAAAUGGCCAUAAAUGAGCUUGUCCAGGCCAUAACUCUGUCGUUCAUGGUGAAAUUUUAAAAUUAUUUGGCACAUUUGUUCACCAUCAUUGGACGGUGUGUCAUGCGAAAGAAAUACGUCGAUAUCUCAAAGGUCAAGGUCACACUUCGAGUUCAAAGGUAAAAAAUGGCCAUAAAUGAGCUUGUCCGGGCCAUUACUAUGUCGUUCAUUGUGAGAUUUUAAAAUCAUUUGGCACAUUUGUUCACCAUCAUUGGACGGUGUGUCAUGCGAAAGAAAUACGUCAAUAUCUCCAGGGUCAAUGUCGCACUUUGAGUUCAAAGGUCAAAUAUGGCCAUAAAUGAGCUUGUCGCAUAACUAUGUCGUUUAUUGUGAGAUUUAAAAUUAUUUUGGCACAUUUGUUCACCAUCAUUGGAGGGUGUGUCAUGUGAAAGAAAUACGUCGACAUCUGCAACUUCAAGGUCACACUUUGAGGUUAAAGGUAAAAUAUGGCCAUAAAUGAUCUUUUCCGGGCCAUAACUAUGUCUUGCAUUGUUAAAUUUUAAAAUUUCUUGGUGCAUUUGUUCACAAUCAUUGGACAGUGUGUCAUGCGAAAGAAUUACGUCGAUAUAUCCAAGGUCAAGGUCACACGUUGAUUUCAAAGGUCAAAAAUGUCCAUAAAUGAUCUUGUCCAGGCCAUAAUUAUGUCAUUAAUUGUGAGAUCUUAAAAUGACUUUGUACAUUAAUUUUGUUCAAGUCAUUGGACGGCAUGUCAUGCGAAAGAAUUCAAGAGUUCAAAGGUCAAAAUGGCCAUAAAUAAUACUGGCAUAAUAAUUCUUAAAAAUCGCCAUAAAUUAGCUUCUCUUGUUUUGUGAAGACAGCAUGCAAAAUAUUCUGUGUCAAUGCAGCAUGUGGGGGUAUAUGUCUAGUCUGUAAUAAAGCUCUAGUUUUUAUCAAAUGUGUAUAUUAUUGCUUGGAUUUUGAGUUUUUAUAGUUGUUCGAUAAUUAUGUUUUACUUUAUAAACGUAAAUUGUGUUAUCAACGCCAGCGCAAAUGAUGCAGAUUGUCUUCAUUAAAGUUAGUCAUAGAUAAUUAUCUGUAAAGUGGCAUAUCUAUUGUGUAACUGCUUUUCUCCACUCCUCCGUAUUUGAUAUGUUUAAUGAGAGGUUAGUGUCGGUAUUUCUUUAUAAAAUAACGCAAGUUUAAUAAAUUACAAUUAAAUCUGGAAUUCAUUUUUGAAUUUGGAUGCAUUUUGAUAAAUAUGUUUUGUUCUCUCCAAAUUAGAUAAAUUUCAAAAUGAAGGUUUAACUGUAAUUAUCUAAAUUGGGUGAAUAAGUACCCUUGGUAGUUAAGUCAAUUAAAAGAAACAUAUUAAACGAAACGCUGUUACUUUUUUGACAUUGUUAUGCCCCCCUUCGAAGAAGAGGGGGUAUAUUGCUUUGCACAUGUCGGUUGGUCUGUUGGUCGGUCCAUCCACCAGGUGGUUUCCGGAUGAUAACUCAAGAACGCUUGGGGCUAGGAUCAUGAAACUUCAUAGGUACAUUGAUCAUGACUUACAGAUGACCCCUAUUGAUUUUGAGGUCACUAGGUCAAAGGUCAAGGUCACGGUGACCCGAAAUAAUAAAAUGGUUUCCGGAUGAUAACUCAAGAACGCAUACGCCUAGGAUCAUGAAACUUCAUGGGUAGAUUGAUCAUGACUCGCAGAUGACCCCUAUUGAUUUUGAGGUCACUAGGUCAAAGGUCAAGGUCACGGUGACCCGAAAUAGUAAAAUGAUUUUCGGAUGAUAACUCAAGAAUGCUUUUGCCUAGGAUCAUGACACUUCAUAGGUACAUUGAUUGUGACUUGCAGAUGACCCCUAUUGAUUUUCAGGUCACUAGGUCAAAGGUCAAGGUCACAGUGAUAAAAAACGUAUUCACACAAUGGCUGCCACUACAACGGACAGCCCAUAUGGGGGGCAUGCAUGUUUUACAAACAGCCCUUGUUGUAAUACAUUUUGUAUUAAAAUAUGAAUGUAGACUAUAUUUGUUUUAACUAUUUGUAUUGUUGUUGUUUUCAUUCGUUUUGUGUGAUGCGAGAAAUAAACUAAAGACUAAACAUAUUGCGACAACA